AUGCAAAUUUUGCGCAACAAGGAUUUGUAUCAGAAAACUGUGGAAAUGGUGAAUAAUAUGGGUUCUUUUGCCGGAAUUGAUUUCCUAUGUCGAAUCGUAACGAAGCCAAUAACAUUUCCCGGAUACUUGCUGAUAGCUGCAAUAAAUUUCAGCAGCGUGUGCACUGUUUAUUCCACUUACUUCUUCAGGGACAAUUUCACUGAUUUGGCAUAUUGUUUAACAACUUUGGGCAUCAUAAUAAUGGUACUGAUGAAGGUGAUAAGCAUUUUUACAACGCACAAUUACGCACACGAUAUAAUUAAGGAAGUGAACGCAAUAAUCGACAGACUUGAGGGUGAUCAUGAGAAAUCUUCUAAGAUUCAAAAGGGACUUCAAGCUUUUCAAUUGACCUUCAAUAUGGUUAAAGUGUCAUACUUUGCAGCCGGUUUGGGAAUGAUCCUUUUCGCUUUAAUGAAUUUCGCUUUCAAGAAGGAGAGAGUUUUAAUCACAGGAUUUAUCGUACCGUUUUUGAGUCACGAAGAAACUCCAGGAUAUCAAAUUAAUUUACUCUUGCAAGCAGUGGAGGAUAUGAUAGCCGUGAUUUUUCUGAUAACGUACGACUCCUUCUAUAUUGGCCACAUGUUCAUAGCGUGCACGCAUAAAUUGACCAUGACACACUUCUGCAAGGAUUUUGACAAGUUAUUAAAUGAAAACGAUGAGCUUGUGAACGCCGAAGAUGCGGUGAAAUGCCUUAAAGCCUUGCUUCUUGAGCAUCAAAGCCAUUUGAGGUUGAUGAGGAAUAUAUCAGACAUGGUCAAUACUUCAAAUGUGGUGCACUUCCUUUCGAACAUGUGCGUCGUCAUUUUGUCGAUCGUUGUCCUCGUGAAAAUCCUCUGGAUUCCCGGAGUGGCUCUCCUUGGCGUUACCGUUGGGAAUUUGUUCCUGUAUUCGGCGAUUGGCACUCUUUAUUCCGUCUGCGCUGAAAUUUUCCAGGCGGAGGUUUACAAUUGCAAGUGGUACGUGUUUCCGCCGAAGAUCCAGAAGGCCCUGGGCUUUGUCCUUGCCAUGAGUCAGCGUCCUGUUCAGCCUUCAGUUGGAGGAUACGCUCCUUUGGAUCUGCGCACUUUCUUGAAGUGCUUGAAGACCAUCUAUACCAUCACGAUGAUGCUUCUCAAUGCUGAAUAA